AUGUUAUUUAGAGACAGUGACCGUAACUUAGAAGCUAUAGAUAAUGAACAUGUGUUCGAGAUUUGCAAAACUGAGCCAUCUCCCACACGUAGAUCCUCGGUGCCGGUAUAUGGUUCGGCAUUGUCUAAGCCAUCCACACGCAGCGUGGCAUGUGUGUUUGCGCCUGUGUCUGGGAACCGACAUUUGAAAAUGGGGCAGUAUGAUGAUCAUCCUAGGGUUGCUGGAACGCCAUAUUCGCAUGCGGAGCAGAAGUCACGCGGUGCGUCGGCUGCGAGAUUUAGGGCUUUCAGAUUUGUGAUGUUCAGGGACGAGCUAUCCAUGAGGGAUGUGAUAGAGGGGAUGAACGGCCAGAGCCUAGACGGUCGUAGUAUCACCGUCAACGAGGCUCAGUCGCAAGGGAGCGGCGGCGGAGGUGUAUUCCGCGGUGGAAGACGUGAAAGAGGUGGCAGCAGUUACGACCGUCGCGAGGGUACCUACGGCGAUGGGCGUGGAUAUGGUGGUGGAGGCGGCGAUCGCUAUGGCGGAGGCGGUUACGACGGCGAUGAUCGCUGA